GAGGCCCCGCCCCAUAGCGUGCGGGGGAGCCAGCAUGUGGGCCCUGCGGGCCGCCAUCCGCCCAGGGGCCUGGCUGGCUCAUGCGGUACGGGGACGCCGGGCCCCGAGAACCGCGCCGCCGCUGCUGGUCUGCUCCGAGCGCGCCCUCGCCGCCUUCGGCCCCGGAGUCCUCAAGGGGCGAGGGGGCCGAGGACAGGACCCAGCGGCUGACGGCCUGAGAAGCCGAACGGGAGAGGAGGAGGAACCAGAAGAUGCGGAGGAGGAGGAAAAAGAGGAGGAGCUGCUGAGGAGGGACCCUUUGCUUCCGGUGGGGACCCAGCGUGUGUGCCUGGUUCACCCAGAGAUCAAGUGGGGACCCGGGAAGCCGCAGCCGACCCGAGCUGAGUGGCAGGUGGUGGAGGCAGAGUCUCUGGUCCACACACUGGAUGGCUGGUCGGUGGUGGAAAGGAUGGUGGUUCCCACCAAAACACCCGACGGGAAGCUCAUGUUCGGCAGAGGGACCUUGCAGCACCUGACAGAGAAAAUCAGAGCAUUGCCUGAAAUCACGUCGGUCUUUCUGAACGUGGAGAGGAUGGCCCCGCCCACCAAGAAAGAACUGGAAGAGUCCUGGGGCGUGCCAGUGUUUGACCGAUUCACGGCUGUGCUCCACAUUUUCCGCUGCAACGCCCGCACAAAGGCGGCCCGACUGCAGGUGGCACUGGCCGAGCUCCCCCUUCUCAGGUCCCACCUGAAAAAUCCCACUGCGCACCUAGAUGGACGGGGCGGAGGCUCGCGCUACAUCAUGGGGUCAGGAGAAUCUCUCAUGCAGCUGCAACUGCGCCUCUUGAAGGAAAAGGAGCUGAAGAUUCGGAAGGCCCUGGAGAGACUCAGGAGGAAAAGGCAGCUCCUGGGCAGGCAGCGCAGACGGCGGGAAAUUCCCGUGAUCUCCGUAGUGGGGUACACAAACUCCGGUGAGAGGAGCUCUGGGGGCAAAACCAUGCUGAUCAAGGCCCUGACAGGGGACGAUGCCAUCCGGCCCCAGGACCGGCUGUUUGCGACGCUGGACGUCACAGCCCACGCAGGGUGGCUGCCCUCCCGCGUGGCUGUCAUCUACAUGGACACCAUCGGCUUCCUCUCCCAGCUGCCCCACAGCCUGGUUGAGUCCUUCUCCGCCACCCUGGAAGACGUGGCCCGUUCGGAUCUGAUCGUGCACGUGAGAGACGCGAGCCACCCCGAGACGGAGCUGCAGAAAGCCAGCGUCCUGGGCGCCCUGCGCGGCCUGCACCUGCCCGCCCCGCUGCUGGGCUCCGUGCUGGAGGUUCACAACAAGGCCGACCGGCUGCCGGGGUACAGCCCGGCGGAACCCCAGGCCGUGGCGGUGUCCGCCCUCCUGGGGCACGGGCUCCCGGAGCUGAAAGCCCGGCUGGAGGAUGCCGUCCUGAGAGCCACAGGGAGACAGGUCCUCACGCUCCGGGUCCGGAUGGCAGGGCCACAGCUGAGCUGGCUGCACCGGGAGGCCACCGUGCAGGACGUGGACGUGAUCCCCGAGGCCGGCGCGGCCGACGUCAGGGUCCUCAUCAGCAGCUCUGCCUACGGCAAGUUCCGGAAGCUCUUCCCGGAGUGCGCCAGCCAGUGAGGGAGCGGAGGUUGCGUGGGGCGAGCACUGCCACAGGGCCUCCUGCCCGCCCGCUCCGGCGCCUCGCUGGCUGCUGGGCCGGAAGGGCUGGGGACCGCCCCCCUGCGGCCAGAGGUCGAAGGUCCAGCCUCAGGGUGCACGCCUGAGGGCGGAUUUCCCUUCCACGCUGUUCCAACGGCAGGAUAUGAAAAGCUCUGCUCUCGUGUCUGUACACAGCCCUUCUGAUUCUGCCGCGCGGGCGCCGGGCACACGGUCCUGCCCGCGGCGGCCGGUGUGGGAGGAGCCACUCGGUUUCCCGUGUGCUGUGCCCCAUGGACCCAAGGCUGCCGGGCCUCCCCGCUGCCCACGGUAGUGUCCUGGCAGUAAGGGCCGUCUCCCAGGGCACCUGGGGGGCUCAGUCCAUUGAGCAUCCGGCUUCAGUUCAGGUCAUGAUCUCGGGGUUCCUGAGUUC